ACCUUUUUCAUUUUCACAUCCUCAAUUUUCAAACAGCUCAAUUUCCUUCAAAGCCUCUUCAAACCCCCUAACCGUUACUUAGAUAACUUUCUAUUAUCUCUCAUCACAAGUAUAGCUAACUCUCCUCUUCUUCGAACCGGCUCGAACCAUGGACCGAGCCGGCAUUUUGGUUGCAUGGGCAGUUUCCAUGAUGAUGGUCUCAUCCAAUCUUGUCCAAGGUUUAGGUGUGAAUUGGGGGACAAUGGCAUCACACCCUUUACAUCCAUCAAUUGUUGCAAAUCUGCUAAAAGAUAAUGGGAUAAAGAAAGUGAAGCUUUUUGAUUCAGAUCAUUGGACUGUGAAUGCCUUAGCAGAUUCGGACAUUGAAGUUAUGAUUGCAAUUCCUAACCUUGAAUUGGAAGAUUUUGCUGGCAGUUACCACCAUGCAAAAAAAUUUGUCAAACAAAAUGUCACAGCUCAUCUUAAGGAGCCAGGAGGUGUUAAAAUCAGGUAUGUGGGUGUUGGAAAUGAGCCAUUCUUGAAAAGUUACAAUGGAAGUUUCGUAAAGUCAACAUUCCCUGCAUUGCAAAAUGUUCAAAAAGCUUUAGAUGAAGCUGGAGUUGGAGACAAAAUCAAAGCCACAGUCCCACUAAACGCCGAUGUUUAUGAAUCGAGUUCAGAUAAACCUUCUGAUGGAAAUUUCCGACCAGAUAUUAAAGAUCAAAUGGUCGAAAUAGUUCAAUUCCUCAAUGACAACAAUGCACCUUUCUCCGUCAACAUUUACCCUUUUCUCAGUCUCUACCAAAAUGACGAUUUUCCUGUAGAUUUUGCAUUUUUUGACAACACAGGGCGGACAAUCAAUGACAAAAAUCUCCAAUACAACAACGUUUUCGACGCGAAUUUCGACACUCUUGUUUGGGCGCUAAAAAAGGCAGGUUUUCCUAAUCUCAAAAUCCUUGUUGGUGAAGUUGGUUGGCCAACAGAUGGUCAUAAAAGUGCAAAUGCCAAAUCUGCCAAGAGAUUCUAUGAUGGUUUGAUUAAAAAAUUGGCUAACAACAAAGGUACACCAAUGAAACCUGGUUAUCUUGAAACCUAUCUAUUUGGUCUUUUUGAUGAGGACCAAAAAAGUGUAGCUCCGGGACCAUUCGAACGACAUUGGGGGAUUUUUCGAUACGACGGGCAACCAAAAUUUCCAAUGGAUCUAAGUGGCCAAGGCCGCAACCAAAUGCUUGUGCCAGCAAAGGGUGUUCAGUAUUUGGAAAAAAAAUGGUGUGUGUUGGAUAGUGAUGUUUCCGAUUUUGAGGCUGUUGGACCUCAAGUGGACUUUGCCUGUGGAUUGUCAGAUUGUAGUAGUCUUGGAUUGGCACGUUCUUGUGGUGAAUUGAAUGCACAUGACAAUGUUUCUUAUGCUUUCAAUAUGUAUUUCCAAACACUGGAUCAGAGUGUUGAAGCUUGUGAUUUUAAAGGGUGGGGGAGGAUUGUGACCAAUAAUGCCUCACAGGGGGAUUGCUUAUUCCCUAUUCAGAUUAUGAGUGGUGGAAAGAGGCUCGGCUUGAGUUUUGCUGCUCUAGUAGUGACUAUAUUUGGAGGAGCUUUGAUGAGCUUUUUCUUGUUUGUGUAAAGAAUUUGUUUUAGACAAUUUAUAUAAUGCAUGAAUGGAAGUUGCAAAGCAAUGUUUUUUAAUUGAUUUAAUGUUGUGUGGAAUUUUUUUUUGUGUAAUUUGAGUAAAAUGGAGUGUUUGUUUUUAUUUAUAUUUAUUUUUUAAUCU